AGGGUCUGGUGAUAUUUAAGCCACUGGAGAACUCUCUCCCCAUCCAUCUCUGCCUUGGCUCAGUCCCCUGCACCUGUUCAGAGACAAAAGAGGCCCUCCAUCAGCACUCAGUCUCUCCACCAGUCCAGCACAAGAAGCUCCAAGAUGCCGGACACAAUCAUGUCCAAGGAGCCCAGUUCCAACCUGGAGAGUGCCAUGCAGAUGCUCAUAAAGACCUUCCACAAGUACUCUGGGAAGGAGGGCGACAAGUACACGCUGAGCAGAGGAGAGCUAAAGGAGCUGCUACUAGAGGAGCUCGGGACUUACUUAGGGACCUCCAAAGAUAAUGAAGCAGUCGAGAAGGUGAUGAACGACUUGGACGCCAACAACGACGGGGAGGUGGACUUCACCGAGUUCAUCAUCCUGAUGGGCGCCCUCACCGUCGCCUGCAACGACUUCUUCCUGGAGUUCAAGACAGACGAGAAACCGAAUGACGAAAGCAAAGGCAACUCAGCGGAGAAGAAGGAUUGAAUCAGUGCAGGAGGGAGAGAGGAAAGAGGGGGUGGUAAAAAAAAGAAGGGAAAAGCAGAGGAGGAGGGGGAGGGGGAGGAAGGGGAAAAAUAACUGUAAAUCAGGAGAGAUAGAGGAAAAGAGUUUUGUCUUAUGCAAUUUGUAAACACUAAAACUACACGAGGGGAGCGGCCAAGCAGAUAGUUUGUGGGUUCUCAGAAAAACGAGGCGUUCAGAGGGAGUAAGUGUUUGUCAUACCACAGAUCUUCCGCAGCUAGCAAGCUAGAACAGGUUAUACUUCAACAAUUUUUAACUCAAAUAUAGCAGUUUGGACAUUUUAGAAGAAGGCACUGAAAGGAAAGGAAGUCAGAUUUCUGCAGGAAAAUUCACCGGUAUGUUGGGAGGAGUUCUUGCACACAGAUUAAUUUGUGAAACUAUAUUAAGUUACAGAUUAUCAUAUUAUUGUAUGUACUCAGUGUUUAACAUAUAUAUAUGAUAUGAAUAUGAUUUCCCCCUUACUUGCGCCUGUUUUGUAAUCCUAUUAGGUAAUACCUAUGCAUUCCUCAAGAUAUUAAACAUGGCAUUUAACCAAC